GCACUUUUGUUGCUUUAUGUUCCCCCCACGCAAGUGUCGCAGAGGAACACCUACACGCAGCUCCCUUCGAUCGUGCCUUCGCAGACGCAGCCGUCGCACUGCGCUUGCUUUCUUCUUGUGAGACGAAGUUGCAUUCCUUAUUCGCCUAACAAUUUUUUGCUUUCCGUCCUCUUCUUCUUGUUUUCUUUUCUAUCUUUUUACAGCUGUAGCGGAGUCAUGUCAGAGCGCGUCUAUGCCCAGCAGGAGGAGGUGCGCACGCAAGAUCAGCUGCUCGACCAGCUGCAUGCCUCCGUGAUGAACACGCGACACUACGCAAUUCAGAUCGGUGAUGAUCUGGGCGAACAGGAUCAGAUGCUCGAUCAGCUGCACGGUAACGUGACCCGCACCACCGAUGAGAGCCGUCGGCAGAAUCAAAAUGUGGUUCAAUUGCUGAAGGAGAGUGAAAAUCGCGGCUUUUACUCCAUUGUGAUCUUUCUUGUGGUGCUGAUUAUCUUGCUGCUGGCCAUUUAA